AGACCUCUCGUCGGAAACGAUUACGGGCCGACUACAAUCGCCUACGCAUUCCCUCCCAAGUCAUCACUGCUUCUCUUCCCCUCCCCCGCCUUUUCGGAAUCAUGUCCACCCCAUCGGCCUCGCCCGUUAAUGCGGGUGAUCCCCAACAGAACGAGUCUGCGCCCGUUACCACUUCAGCAGAAAAUGUAAACACGGCGGCGGCGGCGACCGCAGCGGCUGUCCCAGAGACCCCGGCACAAUCUGCAGACAAGCCACAAGCGCAGCCUCAGCAACCAAAACAAGCAAUUGAUGAUGACGACGACGAUGAAUCGGACCUGGAUGAAUUGGACGAUGUCCUCGACGACUUCAAUAAGCCCAAACCCGCCCCCGCCCCCGCCCCCAGCGCUCCAUCUCAACCUGCGCCCGCGCCAGAAGCCAACGAUUUCGAUGAAGAGGCUUUCAUGAAGCUGCUUGAAAAAGAUAUGGCGAGCAUGAUGGGCCACGCUGCUAAGGAAUCCGGGGCAUCUGACGACAAGGGUUUCGAAGACACCAUCAACCAGGGUGCGGACGCCUUCACGAAGCAACUGGAGGAGAGCGGGAUUCCGCCCGGUGACUUCCUCAAGCAGCUUUUGGCGGAUGUGAUGGCUGAAGAAGAGGGUGGGGAUGCUAGCACUGGAGCUGCUGCUGCGCCAUCGACUGGUAGUGCUGGGUCUUCGUCUGGUGGGGCGGGAGCUGGAGCACCGCCUGAGUCGUUCAAUGAUGCUAUUCAGCAGACGAUGAAUCGUAUGAAGGAUUCCGGAGAUAAAGCUACGGCUGCAGCGUCAGAAGAUGAUGGGGAUGAUAUGUUGGCGAAUCUGAUUAAGGCUCUUCAGACGACCGGCUUAGAUCCUGAUGAGGAAGACGGCGGUCUGAUGAAUGUGGUUGCGGCGAUGAUGGAGCAGCUGUCGAACAAAGAAAUGCUGUAUGAACCGAUGAAGGAGCUUGAUGCGAAGUUCGGGCCCUGGCUGGUGGAGAACAAGGGCAAGGGGAAGUUCUCCGAUGAGGAAAUGGAGCGGUUUGAGAAGCAGGCGACUAUUGCGUCGCAGAUUGUGGCCAAGUUUGAAGAGCCAGGUUACACAGAUGAAGAUGCUAAGUGUCGCGAGUAUGUGUGGGGAAAGAUGCAGGAGAUGCAAGCUGCCGGAAGUCCACCGGAAGAACUCGUCGCGAAUCCGUUUGGGCAAGACCUCAAAGGUCCCGGAGGUAUGCCGAUGCCGGAUUGUACCCAGCAAUAAAGAUCUGGUCUGAAAUUACCGAUCUUUCGGUGACAUUUACCCAGUCUCGCUGCAAUUGCAGACCUCAUCUCUUAUGGCACUUCAAAUGCAUCUGGUGUUGGCAUCUUCUGUACAUAUAUCAUUUCGAUACCCUAUUUACUAAGCCAAAUGUCACAAGGCUAUCUAUCUUGACAUGUAUAUCACAGACAAAUACGUAGGCUGUUGGCCCGAAACAAAUCAAAUGUGGACCGCCAGCGACCAACCCAACCGAACGCCGUAACGCAACCUAGCCCAUAUGUAUUACCCAGUU